GAGGAGUAGAAAUUAAUCUAAGUGCUACCAUCACCCUCUAUGAGAAGGAUGCACUCCCUGGACCUUGAAGACACAUUCAAAGAUAGCAAGGUUGCUGAACUCUAAGAUAUUGAUUUUAACCAUUCUUGAUGAUCAUCAGAAAUGUGUUUCUGUCCUCUUCCCCCUCAACAACAUCUGCAGUCUCCAGGGCCAUUCUCAACAACUGGAAUAGAGGCUAUAACAUCUAGCCUAUCCUCUACUUCUUCUGAGAACUUUGGACCAGCAACUUUCUCAUUGGAUGGCGUACAAUGCUUAUCCAGGCAUUGCAACCAGAUAUUCGCACGAAUUUUACGGAUUCCUAGUCCAGCAUCAUCGUCAUCUGCGAUCGACAUCACAAUACUCAACGGCAUCGGUAGCAAUUUACACACAUUUUUUGACACGGAUCUGAUUGCAUGGGGAACCCUCCAAACUAUGUUGGAUAUGGCCCUCCGACCUUUACAGCCACCGCAAAUGGGAUAGUCCAGCGGCGUCAGAUUGCAUUUGGUAAACAAUUGUUAACUCCACAUGGUGAUGCAGCCUCGGACUAGAUUCGUGAAUAUGGAGUUGCAAUACCAGAAACACUUGGCACUGGUAAACUUUCAGGUGAUAGGAUCAGGCAAGUCUUGCAACUGCGCCGGUAAAUCAGCAUCUCUAUUUGGCUGCGAAAAAGAAUGGGGUUGUCGAACAGUUUCCUCUUGUCUAGUCAAUUGGUAAAGAAAACAUGGUGGUCCAUUAAUUCGAGUGUCAUUCUUCCAUGCUGAAUUAUUUGCUCUAUAUACAUGCGAGAAUACGUACAUGUGAAUUGCCAGCACAUACAUCCAAAACACCUCCUGCAUAGAGAGAAGGGCCAUGAAAUUUCAUGUUUAC